ACCACUCCUACGUGAUGGCCCUUCAGUGCCUAUGACAAUGAGCAAGGGGUCCUGGAAGCAGCCAUUCAAAAGACCUUUAAGUGCUAAUGUUCUGGAUAAUAAACAAGCACCACAAGAGGCACAAAGAUCAAAAACACUGCUUCAAAAUACAGCAGUGGUUUCAAGACCAACAAUGAAACCAUGGGAAAUCUCUAAAUAUUUCAGGAACAAUGCUCCACAGUCCUGCGAUAAGCUGAUUUUUCGAGAAGAUGGUAAUCGUUCGCCAUGGCUUUAUCUGCCUGAUGAGAUCUGGUUAAGAAUUUUUGCCCUGUUACCACACCGGGACCUCUGUCAGGUUGCCCGGGUCUGUUACUGCUUCCACCGCCUGGCAAACGAUGAAACCCUAUGGAAGAAUAUUAAAAUUGAAAAUAGCAAUUGUUUGAAUGAUAAAUGGCUUAAGAACAUUGGACAUCAUCAACCACGAAGCCUCAGCCUUUGUCGAUGCAAUGACAGGACAAAAUCUAUAACUGACUCAGGAUUAAGGGAGCUGUUCAGGCAUUCCAAGGAUUCACUUAAGGAACUAUAUGUUACAUGCUGCAGUGGACCAAAGCUGACAGGGGACUCAGUUCUACUUCAUGCAAGUGCAGUUUGCCACAAGCUAACAUCUGUGGACGUCAGUUGGACAGCAGCUACUGAUAAAGGAAUUAUAGCACUCGCUCAGGCUUCUUCAUGUCUUUACAGACUCCUUGCCAAUGGAUGCCAUCUCACAGAUGAAAGUAUCAAUAUUUUGAUUAAAAAGCAUAGAAAAAGUCUGAGAGAGCUGGAACUAUUUGGAUGUCAUGCGCUAAGCUCACACUGUUUGACCCACAUGGCGCAGGAAUGCUUAAACCUGCAGAGUCUGAACAUUGGUCGAAUCCCGAAGCUUACAACGACUUGUUUGAUACAGAUAGUGACCAGUUUGAAAAAUCUAAGUGCUCUGAAUUUAUCUGGAUUGAAUGCGGUUCAUGAUUCUGUUGUGCAUCACACUGCCAGACAAUGCCCAAAAAUGGACCGCCUCAUUCUCAGCUCCUGCCUUCAGCUGACAGAUGUCAGUCUUUUUGAAAUAGGCACUUACUUGUCUACCAUAAGGUAA